CGUUGAAGCGUGCUUGUGAAAGAGAAAUUUUACAGACUGCUGAUGUUAUUCUUUGUACAUGCGUGGGCGCCGGAGAUCCACGUUUAUCCAAAUUUAAAUUUCGCACCGUCUUAAUUGACGAAGCGACACAGGCAACUGAACCUGAAUGUAUGAUACCACUUGUGCUUGGAUGUAAACAAGCUGUCCUUGUUGGGGACCAUCAACAACUUGGCCCUGUAAUAAUGAAUAAGAAAGCUGCCAGGGCUGGCUUAUGUCAGUCACUUUUUGAGCGCUUAGUCAUAUUGGGUAUAAGACCUAUUAGAUUACAAGUUCAAUAUCGUAUGCACCCUUGUUUAUCGGAAUUUCCUAGCAAUAUGUUCUACGAAGGUUCUUUGCAAAAUGGGGUCACUACUCAAGAUAGAUUAAAGAAAAACGUGGACUUUCCUUGGCCAGCUCCAGAGACACCUAUGUUUUUCCACUCAAAUUUAGGUCAAGAAGAAAUUUCAAGCAGUGGAACCUCUUAUUUGAAUCGUACGGAAGCUUCAAACUGUGAAAAAGUUGUCACGAAGUUUCUAAAAUCAGGAAUUUUACCAUCUCAAAUAGGAAUAAUUACUCCAUAUGAAGGUCAAAGAAGUUAUGUCGUUAGUUAUAUGCAGUUUAAUGGU